AUGGAAGGAAAGACAUACUAUGCAGUCUGUAUGAUGCAAGAGGACCACCAUUCAGGAGUGAGUGGUCUAGUGAAAUUUGUUCAGCAGGAAGGCGGAAAGUGCCAUAUCUCAGCAGAACUAAAAGGCUUGAAACCAGGGUUGCAUGGAUUCCAUGUUCACGAAUUCGGUACUAAGUUAUUCUCUGUCAAUUUACUUUUCACUUUUAUCACCAUUUCAAUUACUAAAUCUUACCUUGUAGGAAACUUAACUAAUGGGUGUGUAACUGCAGGUGCACAUUUCAAUCCUCAUUAGAAGACUCAUGCAGGUCCAAAGGACGAGAAUCGUCAUGUGGGAGAUCUGGGAAACAUUGAAGUAGGUGCCGAUGGAAUUGGCCGAAUGGAAAUGGAUGACCAUUUGCUUAAACUCUUUGGCGAUACUGAUAAUAUCAUAGGAAGAGCUAUGGUUGUUCAUAUGAAAGAAGAUGAUUUAGGAAGAGGUGGUGAUGAGGAAUCCUUAAUUACUGGAAAUGCUGGAGGUAGAUUAGCUUGUGGAGUUAUCGGUCACUCAGGACCUCUAGCAGUAUGA